UAUCCAUAUUUGUAAUACUGCAUAUCGCAGCGAAGCGCAGCUAUUAUUCCGGCGAGCAAAGCCAAGCCAAUGGGCUCAUCGGAAUCUACUCUUUUAAAUUCACAGACAAGCGAUGAUGGAAUCACAACAGUCUCAGAACGAUUACAAGAUGUGGACCCCAUCCUUGAAAAACUUCAUUCUCUCCAAAUUGCAUCUCCUAUAUUGACAACAUCUGCAUCAUCAUCAUCAACAGAGAUUAGCUUCACAGAUAUCUUGGUCAAGAAACCAUCAACUUCUUCUUCUAAUACAGGUAUUUUAGAUCCGAAGGUGAUACUGGAACUAUUCUCAACGUACCAAAAGAUGCAAGAAAAACAAGCUCAGAACAUUAACAAAAGACAGGAAGAAAUAGAGAACAAGAUUGAAGUUGCAGAUGCUUUAGCUCUAAAACUUCUUCAACGUUAUAAUUAUUCCGUCUCUGCGAUGAAGACAACAUCAACUCACCUAGCUGGAGUUGAUGAGUUACAGGUGGAACUUGGGGAGCUAAAAGGAAGGGUUACUGAAGUGAUGAGUAACUGUGAUGCUUUAUGUAAGAGAAUUGCUGCUAAUGGACCUGAAUCACUUCGCUCAUCACUUAAGCCAUUUGUAGCUGUUGCCGCUGAUUUAAAAGCAACCACAAGCCAAUUCUGUGAGUCAAAUGGUGCGCCUUUACAAAUCAAGCCUGAGAAUUAGGUUGAUUUAGAUCUUGUAUAGUUGCUUUAUAUUCUGCCAGAUUCUGAUUAAUACACCUAGCGAUUACACAUUUCAAUCACUUCAUAGAUCAAGCAUUUAUAGGUUAUGGAUUUGUUUUUUUAACGUUCAAAUCUUACUAGCUAGAACAUUGAAAUGUACUCUUAUAUCCUGAUUUUUGGGUAGUAUAUAUUUUUAACCUUAA